AUGUCCUUCCGCCAGCGGAGCCCUCACGGCAGCACGAAGAGCAGCCCGCAGCACCCCCCGCGCUGGGCCCAGGCGCGGAAACGCGGCGCCGAUGGGAGGCGGCGGAGGCAGAACGAGCCCGAAUCCUCGGUUUUUGAGGAAAACGAGCCCCGUCCUGCGGAGAGCCGGCAGGACAGUUUUACAACACCAGAAGGCCCUGGACCCCUUUCCCGGUGUUCAGACUGGGGAACUGCAGUGGAAGAAGAGGAAAUGAGGACCAAUGUCAACAAAGAAAUUGCAAGAUACAGAAGAAAACUCCUGAUAAAUGAAUUUUCAAGAGAAAGGAAGUCCUCCUCAGGAAGUUCUGAUUCAAAGGAGUCCACUGCGACAGUAGAACUUGAGACAGAUGAAGUGGUUUUAAUGAGAAGACAGAAACAGAUAAAUUAUGGAAAAAACACAAUUGCAUAUGAUAGAUAUGUCAAAGAAGUUCCUAGGUGCCAUCGUGUACCAGGAGUCCAUCCCAGAACUCCCAAUAAAUUCAAGAAGUACAGCCGCAGGUCAUGGGACCAGCAGAUCAAACUGUGGAAAGUUGCACUGCAUUCCUGGGAUCCACCGACUGAAGGAGGAUGUGAUCUGCAAGAAAUCUGUCCUGUUGACCUUGGUGAGAUGGAGACAGAAUCUGUUGGAAGCAAUUCUGAAUCUCAAACAAGCUGUCAAGAUAAUGAUGAUAGGUGUUCUGGCACUCCCACGAAACUCAGACAUGUUGAGUAUCAAGCAGAAGGUGAAUUUGACCUGGAAGUGUGUUUGAGUGAACCACUGAAAGAAUUUGAUACUGUGAGUUAAAUAGUCUUAUGCAAACUGUUUUAGAGAAAGUUUCCUUUAAAUUUGAGAGGUUAGCUUGAUUCAUAACCUGUUAAUAGUAAGAAAGCUUAAGCAAAGUUGAAGACUCUUUUUAAAGUCAUGGUUGGUCUACAUAUUCUCCAGACCAGACUUAUGUAAAAUUGUGAUUAAGUUGUGUGACUUCUUGUUAACUUUUAAUUUAUGUAUAUCAGAUUUUUUUUAUAAAACUCUUCAGUAGAAAAACUAGCCAAAGGCAGUGCUGUCCUCAAGUAAUUAUGAAUAGUACAGCAAGAUCUCACCAGUUUCCCCAGCACCACCUCCCCCACUGUGUCCGUAAUUUCAGUUGCCCACCACCUGCAGAUAAAGAGCGAAGUAGGGAGAUAUUUUUGUAUAUUCCUUUGCUAUGACAUCUACAGAAGUCUGACUUGAAGUAAUGCAUGUGGCAGCUGAACCACGUAGCUGAUUAGUAACUAGUAAACUCAUCUACUGCAGUUACUUACUGUAAGAUUAACUACCUACCCUAAAAAAACCCCUUUAUUUGCAAAAACAUUUCAGAAACAAUUGGAAAUUAAAUUCUCUCGAGAAAUUGGAGGUCAAUAUGCUAAAGCCUAUGCAAUAAUGGCUUUUUU